GCCGCCCCAGGAACGCCCUACGCGCUGACGUGCUGUGUGUUGUUGCGGACGCGGGCCCGCCGCUGUCGCUGUGUGCUGGGCUGGCUGCUCUUUGUCCUCCAUUAGAGCUCGGAUUCCCGGUUCCACACUGUACGGCGCAGGCCCGCUGUAGCGCAGCCGCUCUGAGUUAGAGUGCUGCAAGAACUAAAAGGAAAGAAUUACAGAUUCAACCGCUUCCUUCUACGGAACAUGAAUAUUACAAGCGUGUUUAGAGUUGACGACGGGCGAUGGAGGAUCACGGAGUGAACCAGGCGGAGCACAUGACCACUAUCGAGGCCCACGCCGUGGCCCAGCAGGUGCAGCAGGUGCACGUCACCACCUACACCGAGCACAGCAUGAUGAGCGCCGACGAGGACUCGCCCUCCUCCCCCGAGGACACCUCCUACGACGACUCCGACAUUCUCACGUCCACCGGCGCAGACGAGGUCACCGCCCACCUGGCCGCCGCAGGUCCGGUGGGGAUGGCAGCAGCUGCUGCCGUGGCGACGGGGAAGAAACGGAAACGGCCGCAUAUAUUUGAGUCCAACCCCUCGAUUCGCAAGAGGCAGCAGACACGACUGCUGAGGAAACUGAGAGCUACUUUAGAUGAAUACACCACCAGAGUUGGCCAGCAGGCAAUUGUAUUGUGCAUCUCCCCCUCUAAGCCCAAUGCUGUGUUCAAAGUGUUUGGGGCAGCUCCUCUGGAGAAUGUGGUGAGGAAGUACAAGAGCAUGAUACUAGAGGACCUGGAGACGGCUCUGGCAGAACACGCACCGCCACCGCCUGAAAUGAGCUCCGAGCUGCCGCCCCUGACCAUCGACGGCAUCCCUGUCUCCGUAGACAAGAUGACACAGGCCCAGCUGCGGGCCUUUAUCCCCGAGAUGCUGAAGUACUCCACGGGCAGGGGCAAGCCCGGCUGGGGUAAGGAGAGCUGCAAGCCCAUCUGGUGGCCAGACGACAUCCCCUGGGCCAACGUCCGCAGCGACGUCCGAACGGAGGAGCAGAAGCAGAGGGUGUCAUGGACACAGGCCCUACGGACCAUAGUGAAGAACUGUUACAAGCAGCAUGGCCGGGAGGACCUCUUGUACGCCUUCGAGGACCAGCAGGCCCCACAGACACACGUUGCCACGGCAGCCACCCACAGCAUUGCCCACCUCGUCCCCUCGCAGACAGUAGUGCAGACCAUCAGCAACCCUGACGGCACCGUCUCCCUCAUACAAUACUCACAGGUUGGCACAGGUGCCACAGUAGCUACACUUGCAGACGCUUCAGAGCUGCCCACUACUGUCACUGUGGCUCAGGUGAACUAUUCCACGGUCACCGAUGGAGAGGUAGAACAGAACUGGGCAACGCUCCAAGGAGGAGAAAUGACGAUUCAGACAACUCAGGCCUCGGAGGCAACACAAGCGGUGGCCUCGUUAGCUGAGGCAGCAGUGGCGGCUUCUCAGGAGAUGCAGCAGGGAGCAACAGUUACCAUGGCGCUGAACAGCGAGGCAGCAGCUCACGCCGUGGCGACGCUAGCGGAGGCGACGCUGCAGAGCGGAGGGCAGAUCGUCCUGGCGGGGGAGACGGCCGCCGCCGUGGGAGCACUCGCGGGGGUCCAGGACGCUAACGGCCUGGUCCAGAUACCCGUCAGUAUGUACCAGACAGUGGUCACCAGCCUCGCGCAGGGUAACAGGCCCGUGCAGGUUGCCAUGGCGCCCGUCACCACCAGGAUAGAUAACAGUGUGACUCUGGACGGACAAGCAGUGGAGGUCGUGACCUUGGAACAGUGACGUCUUCCUCUGUGUGGCUUGAGGUCACUUCCUCCCUUCUCGCCAUCUUCUGAAAUGGAGUGAUGGGAACAAUGACGAGAGUGGCAUUCCCGAAAAAGAAGGCUAUGCUCCUGGCACAAGAUUUUGUCAAGUCUGAAAAAAUAAAGCAUUUGCAGGGGUCAAACAAAUAUGUAAAAUAUAUCAUUGCAUUUUGUUUACUAUGUAAAGAUGAUGAGUUUUCUUAGUUGCGUUUUUUGGCAAUUUCAGCUAAUGGAUUGGGGGAUGAAAUAUUUAUUCCUUUAUGCCUACAUCUUUUACUUGUUUUAAAAACUGAACCAAAAGGGUAGGAAGCCAGUAUGAAGUCUUUCAGAACUAAUCACAGCCAUGUUAGAGACAUGUAACAAUGAUAGUGCACAAGGUUUUAUUUUUAUUUUUGAAUAUAUUACAAUGAGAGGUCCCUGGGAAGAUAUUAAACAUUCAAGUAAGAGGAAACAGAAUCCUAAAGUAUCCUUAAGCCCAUAAUAUAGUGUGUAUAAUUCCCUACUUUUUGGUAAGAGUAAUUGUGUGUCUUUGCUUGAUAUGAACAGUAUACUCCUCAGUAAACCUUUGCCUUUGUUUAAAAUCCUCAUGCCUGUUCACUUUGCUCAGGAAAUAAAUUCUCUUAAUUUAACAUGCUCAUUUACACCCCUGUUGUUGCAGGGGAAAAAAGAAAAGCUUUUCUGGGUUUUAAAGUCACAGCUAAAAUAAAUGGAUCAUUUUUUUACGGUGCAGUCAUUCUGGGAAUGCCAAUGUUCUUUUUGGUAACUCAAUUAUAUAUAAAAGAAAUUGUGUAAUGUCUCCUGUGUUGUGAUACAGAGGAUGUUUGGCUUUUAAUUUUCUGAUGAAUAAAGGAGACAUCAGCAGGAUGAAAAUGCUUGCACUGUAGUGCACGUAAAUGCAAUUAGACUUGUACAGUUUCACUAUGUAUUUAUACUUUUUUUUUUACCUUUUUACCCUCAUACAAUACUUUUGCUUCAAAUUCUUAGCCAAUUCUUCUGCUUCUUCCAUGUUCCAGUCAGACCUUGCGUUUUUUGCUUCCUGUGUGCAGUUCUGCUUCUUCUCGAAAGCUGCAUUAGGUCUCCAGUUCUCAGUGGUAUUCUGAAAGGGCCGUCUUUCUGUCUUCUCCACGUUGCCAAGCUAAAGAACUCCUCCACUCCACGCCUCACGUAAAGGUAUCAUCAUACUUCAAGAACUUGGUAGUUUAAAUCGUGGACAACUGAAAGAAAUCAGUAGCCACCAAUGCAUUGCUGAGAAGGAUGUAAAUCUCAUUGUAUUCUAAUUUUUCGGUAUCCAUGCCGAUGACACUUUUGAUGAAACAAUACAAGACGCCAAGAGGAGCUGUUUCGCGUGUAUGUAUACUACGGCCCUUCCACAAACCUUUUUUUAUUACGUCAGCAAAUAAAAGAAUCCUUUUAUUUCUGACUCGACAGAGUGUUGACACUUGUAUGUACUGUUUUAUAAAAUUGAAAUGAUGUUAUUUGUAGACAUUUCUAUGUUUUUGUGUGAAGCGUAUUUGCAUUAUAUAAAAAGGUCUUGCUAUUAGGAUUUUUUUUCUAAUUGUGCUCAUGUGUGAUUAAGUUAACAGUUCAGCUUUUCCCCUGUUCACAAUAAAGGUGUUGGAAAUCA